GCGGAGAAAACUCCCGAAGCCGGGGAGAGGGCUUGGAAGCGUCUCAGACCAUAUUGGGGACGUCUGGUAGCCAGAGGCGCCGAACCCCGCCCCCGCGCGCUCUGGGGCUCCCGGGGGAGCGCCUCGGCCUGCGGCAGCUGCCACAACUUCGGAGCCCGCGGCCCCGACCGCCCGUCACCAUUGACCCCCGGCCGGCAACCCACAGUCCUGCCAGGCCCGCAAAAGUCCCGGGGACCACAGCCAGCACGUCUCACCAGCCCCGCCAAGCUCCCGACCUCCCCCUCUGUCUGGAGUGGUGCGACCCGGCCCCGCCCCCUGACGCUAGCGAGGGGCGUGGCUUCCAUCAUGUGACGGGGAGUGACCUAGCCGCCGGGCGCCAUGGGGGCUUCGGACCCGGAAGUGGCGCCCUGGGCUCGCGGCGGUGCCGCGGGGAUGGCGGGAGCUGGAGCUGGAGCCGGAGCUCGCGGCGGGGCGGCGGCGGGGGUCGAGGCCCGAGCUCGCGAUCCACCGCCUGCGCACCGCGCACAUCCGCGCCACCCUCGGCCUGCGGCUCAGCCCUCGGCUCGCAGGAUGGACGGCGGAUCCGGCGGCCUGGGGUCUGGGGACAACGCCCCGACCACUGAGGCUCUUUUCGUGGCACUGGGCGCGGGCGUGACGGCGCUCAGCCAUCCGCUGCUCUACGUGAAGCUGCUCAUCCAGGUGGGUCAUGAGCCGAUGCCCCCCACCCUUGGGACCAAUGUGCUGGGGAGGAAGGUCCUCUACCUGCCGAGCUUCUUCACCUACGCCAAGUACAUCGUGCAGGUGGAUGGUAAGAUAGGGCUGUUCCGAGGCCUGAGCCCCCGGCUGAUGUCCAACGCCCUCUCCACCGUGACCCGGGGUAGCAUGAAGAAGGUUUUCCCUCCAGAUGAGAUCGAGCAGGUUUCCAACAAGGAUGACAUGAAGACUUCCCUGAAGAAAGUUGUGAAGGAGACCUCCUAUGAGAUGAUGAUGCAGUGCGUGUCCCGCAUGUUGGCCCACCCCCUGCAUGUCAUCUCAAUGCGCUGCAUGGUCCAGUUUGUGGGACGGGAGGCCAAGUACAGUGGUGUGCUCAGCUCCAUUGGGAAGAUUUUCAAAGAGGAAGGGCUCCUGGGAUUCUUUGUUGGAUUAAUCCCUCACCUCCUGGGCGAUGUGGUUUUCUUGUGGGGCUGUAACCUGCUGGCCCACUUCAUCAAUGCCUACCUGGUGGAUGACAGCUUCAGCCAGGCCCUGGCUAUCCGGAGCUAUACCAAGUUCGUGAUGGGGAUCGCAGUGAGCAUGCUGACCUACCCCUUCCUGCUAGUCGGCGACCUCAUGGCUGUGAACAACUGCGGGCUGCAGGCUGGGCUCCCACCUUACUCCCCGGUGUUCAAAUCCUGGAUUCACUGCUGGAAGUACCUGAGUGUGCAGGGCCAGCUCUUCCGAGGCUCCAGCCUGCUUUUCCGCCGGGUGUCAUCAGGAUCAUGCUUUGCCCUGGAGUAACCUGAAUCAUCUAAAAAACACGGUCUCAACCUGGCCACGGUGGGUGAGGCCUGACCAUCUUAGGACACCUGCAAGACGACUCCAACCCAGCAACAACCAGAUGUGCUCCAGCCCAGCCGGGCUUCAGUUUCCAUAUUUGCCAUGUGUCUGUCCAGAUGUGGGGUUGGGCGGGGGUGGGGCUGCACCCAGUGGAUUGGGUCACCUGCCAGACCUGGGGAAGGUGGGGUGAGGUGGGGAGUUGGCAGACUCCCCAUAUCUCCCAGAUUUGCUGAGUCUGUCUAAUGCAGAGGGCCAGAGAAUGGCUUGUGGGGGCCCAGGUUGGAUGGGGAAAGGCUAAUGGGGUCAGACCCCACCCCGUCUACCCCUCCAGUCAGCCCAGCGCCCAUCCUGCAGCUCAGCUGGGAGCAUCAUUCUGCUGCUUUGUAAAUAGGGCGGAUCCCCUGGCACAUGGCCACCAUCAUGUCUAGGCCUAUGCUAGGACGCAAAUGCCAGGCUCUGCCUGCGUUUUUCUCAACACUAAUGAUAUGAGGGCAGCACCUGCCUCUGAAUGGGAAAUCAUGUGACUACUCAGAAUGUGUCCUCCUCAUCCAAUGCUCAUCUGUUGAAUGGUGAUGCCUCGCGCGCAGGAUCUGGUUACCUGUGCAGUUGUGAAUACCCAGAGGUUGGGCAGAUCAGUGUAUCUAGUCCUUUCCAGUUUUAAAGUUCAUAGUAAGAUCUGACCCCAUCUCCCACAAAUAAAUGUAUUGGUGGUGAUUUGGAGUUUUGUGGGGAGUCUCUUAUUUUUGUAAGCUUAAAAAUCUACCUGUAGAGUCUGAGUCCUUCCUAUUGGUGGGAGAAGGGGCUGUAAAGAGGCGGGGCAGGGGGCUGCCAUGUUGGAGAUGUAGGUGCCAGAGCUUAUAGCUCAGUCUCCGGGGAGACACUGGGUGAUGAGGCUGGGGUGCCCGUUUCCACAGCAGCAACCAGUGCGCAGGUCUGUUGCCUGAGACGGGCCUUUUGGAAAGUGUUCCACGUACACCCCUGACUGUCACAUGUUAGGAUGACAUAUCUUCAAGUUUUACAGAGAGUCGCUUGGUGCGGUGGCCAUAGUUAAUGUCAGAACAGGCAGACCUCCCUUCCAAUAAAUGGUUUUUGCCCAGCACUGGGGUCUAUAAGCAGACAAAGCUUACAAAUGUUUUGAGGCCCAGCUGGGUUCCCCCAAGUGUUUGCCCUUGCUUGAGGUGACCUGGCUUAUGAGAGUUGAGGUCUGGUGUCUUUGGUCAUAUUUCCCUCAGGGGCCGAGUCCCUGCCGCCAAAGGGAAGGCCCCUAGGCUGCUCAUGCACAACUGGGUGUUUCCAGUAGCCUAGUAACAAUGGACUCGGGCAGUUUCAUGUCACAGGUUUCCCAGGAACGCAGAAGUGUGCCUGUGUGGGUGUUAUGUAAAUGUACACUGGUUGAGGCCACUAAGGUCUCCUAACUUUGUCACCCAUAUUAACUUUCCUAGGGAGACACCCCAGAGGGCUAGGGUAGUGGGAAGAGCACAUGCUGGGGUGGGCAGGGCAGGCCUGUAGAGAAGGGGGCCUCGGGUUCCCAGGCCCUUCAGGGGGGAGUCUGCCCUGUGGCCUCUCUCCAGCCCGGUGUGUUUUCCCACAGCACUGACCAUUGUUCUGGGGUAUCUUUUCUUGCUGUUGCUCCACGCUCAGAUCCUGUUUUUGCAUAGAUUAGUUCCUAAGUCUCCCCCACCCCGCCGAGACAGGGGCACGUGUAUCUCUGGAGGCUGAGCUAAGCUGGACCUGAAGAGCUCCUCGCAGUUCAGAGGCUGCCUGGAGAACAGAGCAAGGCUUCGGUGGCCUUGCCUUUGCCCAGUCACCUCGGGGAGGGCUGCUGCUGUCCCCCAAGAAUUGGGGGGUUUCAACUUCAUUUCCCAAGCCAUCUUCCACAUCCAGAAAUGGCAUGAAAAUCUCCUUUGGUACUGCAUCCCAGUUAUUGGUUGAGUAAAGCA